UCAAAGUCGGGGUGGAGUGUCAGUCGUGGCAAUUCAUCAAGCACGUCAAGCACGUCAAGAUGUUCAAGAUGUCUGGUAUUCAAUCAUAAAUUGGUGACGGCCGAAAGGUCUCCCGCUCUCGCAGCCCGUGCAGCGACGUGCAUCCCAGUAUGAUGGCGUUGAUCAGAGUGUCAGUCCCAAAGGUAUCCGCAGGAGUCAAAGUGUCAGUCGUGGCAAUGCUUCAGGCAGCGCCCGGCGUGUUGCCGUUCAGCCGACCUCUCCCAGCAGGCCUCAGACGCCCGGUGGGAGACGCCCAGACGACGUUCGACUCCUUGCUGGAGAGAUGGAAAACCUUCUUCGUGCUCUGCCUGAGGAGUUCCGACCUGCCGCUCAUGAGUGCUGGCGACUGUGCCGAAAUGCCGUCGACGAGAACUCCGCCGAGAACGCGCCCCCCCUCUGCCGCUUCGACGGCCUCACGUGCUGACUCCUCCGCUUCCGUGCUAUGCUCGGGACACCAUUGACGCCGCGAUUCAUAACAAUCUGCCAGCGCCG